CUUUGUGCGACCAGCCCGGGGCGGCGCCAAGGUCGGGCCGGCGGCUGGGGGUCGCUGGGCGCCAGACUGGGCCCCGCUGCGCUUUGUCCGCUGGCCGGGCGGGGGCCGCGGGCGCGGGCAGGUGCUGUCUGUGCGGCUGGGGGCUGCGGCCCAGGUGGCCAGCCAGGGGUGUAUUCAUGGCGCAGGGAUGUCCUCUCGGCCUUCUAAAGGUCGCAGUCACCAGAGCAAGAGAGUAUGGAAAACAGGGGAGAAAUGGGGUGUCGUUUCUUUCUUGAAAUCAUGAAUCCUGUUUAUAGCCCUGGAUCUUCUGGGGUUCCCUAUGCAAAUGCCAAAGGAAUUGGUUAUCCAGCUGGUUUCCCCAUGGGCUAUGCUGCUGCAGCUCCUGCCUAUUCUCCUAACAUGUACCCUGGAGCGAAUCCUACCUUCCAAACAGGGGAAAUAUCUGGAGGUGGAGUUGCUGGGUGCUGUGGUUAUACUCCUGGCACACCUUACAAAGUGUCCUGUUCCCCCACCAGCGGGGCUGUGCCGCCGUACUCUUCUUCCCCCAACCCCUACCAGACUGCUGUGUACCCCGUGCGAAGUGCCUACCCCCAGCAGAGCCCUUAUGCACAGUUUUCUCUCUUAUCCCCACAGCAAGGCACGUACUACACACAGCCACUGUAUGCAGCACCUCCUCACGUCAUCCAUCACACCACGGUGGUGCAGCCCAAUGGCAUGCCUGCAACAGUGUACCCUGCUCCCAUCCCUCCUCCUAGAGGCAAUGGGGUCACCAUGGGCAUGGUUGCUGGGACCACGAUGGCCAUGUCAGCAGGUACCCUGCUGACUGCCCACUCCCCAACUCCUGUUGCCCCUCAUCCAGUCACUGUGCCCACAUACCGGGCCCCAGGAACACCCACCUACAGCUAUGUGCCCCCUCAGUGGUGAUCACCCUGCAAAUAAAUGUUUGCGGAUGGAGCUGUGCAGUCACAUCAUUGAGGUUCCACAGCUGGUGCUGCAGGCCUUGUGCCUCCAACCAGGACUUUCUUCUUAAUGCUCUCGACACUUAGCUAAACACGACUGUCCCGGCCCAGCAGGUCCCAGCGCUGUUAGUCUCCAGCUAACUCCGUGGGUUGGUCUUAAAGCAAAUCCUGUUUUGUGGACUGCCUGGCAAUUUUUUAGCUAACUGUAAUGAUAAAAAGGGAGUAUUAUCUAUUCUGAAUCAUAUCUAGUUGAAUGCAUGUUUUAAAAAAAACAAACACAAAAACAAAGCUUGCUCAAUCUACCUGCAGUGACUGAUGCAAAACCAUCUUAUGCAAAACCCAAAGGAAUGGAAACGUAUUUUACAACUGUAUCACUAAUGCACUGUUGUAUGCAAAGUCUUAAAGUUUUAAGUGUUAAAGUGAAUUUGUUCAUAGAGCAUACCUGAAAUACCUUAGGUGAUUCUUCAGCCUUUUGGGGUUGAUGUGGGUUGCCAGUUAGGGAUGUGGACUUAGUUUUCAGCAGUCUGUUUCUUUGGCACUGACUGCAUGGGAGGGAGCUGCAGGAAUGGGGAGAGAGUGAGGGGGCCGCUGUGGUUCGGGAUCAGCCAGUUAGUGGGCAUCCCUUUCUUUCUGUGUAGACUUGGCAGGGUCAAGGGAAUGGGGACAUGCUUAAAGACCAUCAUGGAAGAUUAGAAAUGUGUGGCCAGUACAGUUAGGGGCAAAGGGACUGUCUACAUAUCAGCAAAACAAUUUUCCUUGCCAUCUAAAUUUCCAUCACACUGUCUGUCUCUUACAGAGAAGAAUGCUGUUUUGUAUAUCUUUAUUGAAAAAGUCUUGUGUAGAACUAAAUUGUUUUCCUGGAAUGGAAGAUAGGUGAAACAGCCACACUUGGAUGAGGUAUUGUCUUCUGCUUUAUUUAGCUUAGAAAAUCAUUCCAACCGCCCCCUUCCCCAGAAAUGUUUGAAGUCAGCCGAAAACUUAAAGGCAUUGCUACCCGCUCCCCCCCACCGCCCCCCAAAGGAAUGGCGAAGACUUCAGCUGUAUGUUAUAGAGAAAGUUGUAUAUUUAAGAAUGAUUAAAAGGGAACAAAACUUUAUUUAAAUUCCUCAUGUUUCUUGUAGAGAGGCAAGACUGUGGAUGUGUCUGAAAAUGUAGAAUCAUGUAGCUUGUCCUGGGGUAGUCCACCUGAUUGUGACUUGUCCUCUGACCAGCUGGAGGGGAUUCAUAGGGCUGGUGUCUGUGAGCCUCUUCUGCCAUCUCUUCUUGCAGCUAAAGGCACCCAGCACCAAGCAAGUGUGGAUGGCAGAAAGGGCCAGGUAGCAGUGGAAAGCAUUUGCCUGCCUGGAUCUAUUAUGGAAAGAUUUUUAGUUUAAAAUCUGAAUAUUGUACAUAAGAAAUCAAGAGGAUUUUUUUUUUUUUUUUUCCUUCUAAAUGCCCAACUUCCAUCAAUAGGAGUACAUGUCUGUUUUCAGUGAGGGUCAGAAGAGUUGGAGUAUGAAGACUUGCUCCUUUUCAGGGGUCUGUUGUGCAGGGACGGAGGUACCUCUUUUUCCCACCCCAUCCUUGUUUGGAGUGCUGUGGACUUCGGUUGAGAGGGGAUUCUGUGCUGCCUCUCCAGCAACUAGGUCAGGGCGCUGGCACUCAGUGGAGGUCACUGGUAGUGGUCAGCCUGGCUGGCAGGUAACCUUACCACUGAGCCUUUGGUAACCCUUAUUUUUUAUAGUGAGUACUCUUCAUUUUCUUUUUCCACAUUUAUUUUGUAAGAAGUUUAGGAAUAUUUUUGCAUGGAUCAUUGUAAACAGAAAGAUUCCUUAUUCCUAAUGUCUAUUAACAUAGAAUGUUUACUGAUAAGUACUUUAAAUUGCUUCAUGAGCACUUAACCUGUGUGUGUGCGUGCGUGCGUGUGUGUGUGUGUGUGUGUAUGUAUGUGUAUGUGAGUGUGUGUGUGUGAGAGAGAGAGACAGACAAUGUACCCCAGGCAUGUAGUUUGUGUUCAUUUCACAAAUCUAUGUUGGUAAUUGUGUUGGUUUGCAAUAUCAGUAGGUUCCCAGGAUUUCAGGGACUUAACUGACUGACAGAGAAGGCAGUUUUCCCAAAUUGAAUGGUAAUAGAUGAGUAGAACAUGUUCAUGAUUUUAGUGUAUGUUUUAACAAAGCCCCAUACAAAAAUGGAAACAUACAUUCCCUGUGCCUGUAAGGGGCAGAGUCAUUUGCAUUCUGGAGGAAGUUCGAAGAAGGUAUGUGAACUGUCUCUAGACCUGUGUGAGACUGGCAAACACAGGGUGUUCCCACAAGCACUGAGAUGAAGGGUAAAGAAGAGUGGGUUGCAUCCCUUUCCCGGUGUACAUCAGCUUAAUAAACACUUUGCUUCCCUAAACUUUUUAAAAAUCUUUUUUUUCCCUUUUGUGAAGUUGAACUGAGAGACUAUCAGAUACUUUGACUUUAUUUAUCUAUGUUGAAAUCUUUUCCAUUUUGAUACUAUCAUUGUAUCAGCUAUGAAAUUUGAUGAUAAAAGAGAGUUUAUCUGUCAGAUAAGAACCUGAAUUUGAGUAGUAACAAAACUGUCAUAGAUUGUAAUUUUUAACAGCUUCAGUUCUAGUAAAAUUAAUUAAGGGCUAGAACCUGCGUCAGUAUUCUGUUACAGAGCUACAUAAUUUGGUAUCCCAAGCACAUUGUGGAACAUUCCCUGAAAUUUUGCAUUUUGUGUGUGUGACAUUCCUGAUUUUGAGUGUUCUUCAGUUGAAUUAUUGUUCUUUUUAGUAGCUGAUACAGGCAAACAGAGGACCUAAUUCCUGUAAACAUGGAUGUCAUUAUGGGUAUUCAAAACUGUUUAUUCUCUACCUUUUCCCCUGAAGCUUGGAAGGUGUGUUCAUCAGCUGUGUAGCUGCUGCUCCUCUUUGCUCAUAGAAAUCUAGUUUGGAUGUGGUCUGGAAGCUGAGUGAGUAUUUAGUGUUAUCUAUGAGCUUCUUGAUUCUGUGAGGUGAGGACACCUUUGGGCUAGGGCCAAUCAUGGUAAUAGGCACAUAAGCUCUUCCUGAACCUUUUAUGUCUCUUGUGGGCCAUCUUUCAAGAACAUUCUUGAUGGUGUGGUUAUUGGGCCUACAAAUUGCUAUUGGGUGACAUUUCUUGUGUGCUAUGCAAAUGUAUUAUUCAUAGGAGGCAAAGAGGUCCCUAGUCCCGGGCUGGGUCCCUGGCCUCUUGAGUGUCCUGCCCUUCCCCAGCAAGGUAUCUGCACCUUGCUUUGCUUUAUCUAGUAGCAUUAUCCUGCUGUGACAGAGGAGGCCUAGGAAGUAAUUUGCAUGUUUAUUGGGGGACAUGUCAGUGAUAGGAAAUAUAUUGGAAUGCUCUGGCAUUUGGUAGUGUUGUGUCCCCACAUGGGCUUUGUGUGCCCAUGGGCUGAGUGUGCCAUUGGGGGAUGAUAAAAAGCUGGCAUGCACUAGCUGUGCAAAUAUUGGGACUCCUUUUCAAAGGAAGGCCAACUGUCACCUCUCCUUUUCAAACAUUUGAAAACAGUAUUACUCUGACUAGUUGGGUCACCUUCUUAUCUGGCAGCUGACAAUUGGCUGCUCCAGCUUUUGUUGGCCUGGCACUACCCACACAGCAUAGGGUCUUUCAUGGGUGCAGCGGCAGGAGGGAUAGCCGCUGGUCCUUCUCUCUGGUGCUUUCUAAGAGAAUCUCUAAAGUUUAGGAGUGUGGUUGGCUUCAGGGAGAGCAGAGUUCAGCUCUCCUGCCUAACACAUCUCCCAGGUUUAUGUGUGUUUUCUCUGAGCUGCGUACUACUCCACCUGAGCUCUCUGAAGGGCGGCAGACCUUUGGAUAUGCUGCAGAUGACACACUGAGGAGGUGGGUGUGGCCUUGGUAGAAACUGCAGAAUUGGUCUGUUUCAGAGGGUUUGUCUCUUUUCCCCACUCCCCAUUCAUUUGAAAAAUGGAAAACCUAUAGGAUAAGCAGGAUGAAGUGUGGUCAGUUGGAAUGGGGAGAGGAGCAGUAUCUCUGUCUAGGGAGUCCUGAUGCACUUCAGGCAGGGUGGGAUGUCCCAGAAUGGUGCAGUAGGCAGCUCCUUGGGCAGGGUGGCACUGUGGGUUCUGGUGCAGAGUAGUGGGCAGUAGAAUGAACUAGUUGGGCCAGAUCUGAGACUGUGCUCCUAACAGGGUUGCUGUGAUGGCCACUCGAAGGAGAGGCCCCAAGAAGGCUUAUGGGCUGUAACUGAAUAGGAAACUGUCCCCCCCCCUUUUUUUUAAAUGAUUUUUAAAUACUGUUUUUUACACCAUUCUCUUGGUACUUUUUUUAAGCUUAAGUCAGCAUUGUCUUCCAGUGUUAAGGCAUCCCUUGCCUCUGCAUUGAACUUACGUGUCAAUACAAAGGAAUGGACCAUCCAUCCUGAGCCAGUUCAAUUAGGUGUAAAUUCAUACUGUUUUAAUUUUUUAUGCAAUCUGAUGAGUAGAUGAGCUCAGAUUUAAAAUUCUUAAAGCACGUUUAUUGUAACAAGAAUUGUUAUGUAUUAAUACUGCAGUUUUCAAUAAAGAUUGACUUGUGUUGCA